AGGUGAUGAAAACCACCAAGCACCGACGGAGGAACAGAGUGGAGUCCGACGAAGGCCGCCGCUCCGUUCACAACUCCCUCGAGAGACAGAGAAGAGUGGACCUGCGCAACGCCUUCGAGUAUCUCCGCCUGCUCGUACCUGAAACCAAGAUCCUGGAGAAGGCGCCGAAGGUACAGAUCCUCAAGAAGGCGGCCGUCUACUGCAAGCAGCUCCAACACACGGAAGAGCGUCUCCUCAGAGAAAAGGAGAAGUUGAAAAAACAGAUGCAGUUUCUCCAACAGCGGAAGGCGGCGCACAGCAGCUGAGGCAGGCGUGUCGACCUUCCCCCUCCUGUACAGUUAGUUGUAAGCGUACGUGGAUAAAUUGUAAAUACUGAUCAAGGGAGCAUUUUAAAUUUACAGUUUACAAUUUUUAUAUAAACAGCCUUUAUUGUAUAUGUGUGAUAAUUUGAGUGCCUAUCAUUUUCUGCUAGCGUUGCACUUAAUUAAAGGGUAAGUUCCUCUUUCUAUUUAAGGUUGUCACAGUUUUGUGUGGCUCUGCAUGUCUUUUUUUUAUAUAUUAUAUAUCGACGGUGAUUACUAUUGAUACGUUAGGAGAGAGAGAGAGAGAGAGAGAGCAAAAAAGACGUAGGUGAGUGGAUGUAGAGUAUACAAUACUUUUUAAGCACAACAAAAAAAGAAGACGUUUUAUUUCCAAAAGCUUCCAAGGACAAUUUUUUUGUUUUUGUUUUUGUAAUCGUUAUUAAUCUUUUGGUGUGUGUUUAUGAGGCGAAAUUUAACGAGGGAGGGUAAAGAAAAUGGCUUUUAUUAUCGUCUUUUUUUGUGUGUGUGUUAAAAAAAAAAAUUGCAGUUCGCAGAGACCUGACUUAAUUAAGGAAGUAGCAUAAUUUUUUUUUUCUUCAUAACUGCUGAUUCAGGUUCGAUACCAAAGUAUAAAUGCGACGAAACACCCAUCUGAAAUGUAUCCAAGAAGUUCACGUUAAGAAAAGAGAAGUAAGCGUUCGAUCGAAUGUUACCUGCCUCUCUUUUUUUUUUAUUUAAAUUAUUAUUAAUUGUAAUAAUUAUUAUUAGAAUUGUAAGCGUAAGGAAAACGUGAAACCGAUGUGAUAAGCCCAGAGUGUUGUGUAUGUGUGUAAUUUUUGAGCCUUUGAGGGGAUUAAAAAAAAAUUCUCUGAAGGUAAAUAUAUCAAUUUGGUUAAUAACUCGGUUUGAAUUUAAACAUUUAGAAAUAUGAAAAAAACGAAGAUGAGAGAAAGAGAGAGAGAGAAAAGAAAAGCUGAUAGUAUAACUACCAGACUUUUUUUUAAAGAUUUUUUGUGUAUGUGUAACAAAGGUAUAAACGUAGUGUAACGAUUUAGAUAAAGAAUAUUUGGUCCUAUGUAGGUUUAAGGCUAAAAAGGCUGCUCAUAACCCCCUCGCCUCCCCCCCUCCCCCUCUUUCCUCUCCUCCCUCCCCCCCUCUUCCCCUUCCUCUCUCUCAUUCUUCCCAUUCCCUUCUUCCCUCCCCCCUCCCCCCAAAUCGAGUGCCUGUCGGUAUGAUUCUCAAGAAAACACUUCAUGGCAGACAAGAAAAAAGACAUUUAAACAAAAACAAAACAAAAAAAUACGAAUUAGCUGUAGAUGUAGUUAGUCUGCAUGUAUAAUUAUGUUGAACCUUGUGAUGAAAACUCAAUAAGGAUUAGUUAUUGGUCGUAGAAGUAAGAAUAAUUCCCCCCCAAAAAACAAAACAACAACAAGAGAAGGAAAAUUGAAGGAGACGCCAAUUUCAAAACAACAUUUUUUUCCAUCUUGGGAAUGUCACCCAUGAGUGAAAACUACAAAAGGGUUUAUUUCGCCUGACACUAUGUCAUCGUAGUGUGCACAAACGGACUGUAUUUACUAGCUUGUAAUCAUGAUUCGAGUCCGAUAUCAAAGCCCGAUUUUAUAUCCAAACAGUGGGACAAAAUCAAGAAAUAUAGUUGUAGAUAAGACAUGAAGUAAGAUUUUUUUUUUCGUUUGCUUGUUUUGUCAAACAAAACGAAAUGGCAAAGGUAGGGGUCUGAUUCGAGAUGGAAGGCUGGGGUAAAUGGGUAGACUUCCCCUCCCCUUGUCCCCCUCUCCAACCCCCUCCCCCAAUGUAGAAUAGCGUCUCCUAAUGGUUCUCAAAAUGCUCAAUAUUUUUAUUUGUUUGUUUGGCCAAUUCCUUAUCUGAGACAGUUCUUUUGUAAGCUGUAGUUAACCCCCCUCUUAUCAUUGCUCAGUUUUGUACUUAAAAAAAAAAGUUAAUGACGGUUUAAAAUGUUUAAAUAAAACAUGUUUAAAAAAUAAGGAAAUCAGUAGACGGACAAAUAUAUGCCAAUAGUAGAAAGUGAACUCAAAAUCAAAACACAAUUUUUUUUUUAUGUGUUUAUGGGUAUUUCAAACGCAAGUAGCAUUUUUGUUGUUUAAAUUACAUUCUUUCGUUUUUUUGGUAAAGUCACACUCAUUAUCAUGAUUAUUAUUCGUGUAAUUUUUGUUCUCAUAUAAAAUACCUCAUUGUGAAGACGCAAUAACACUUUGCAUUGUUUCUCUUCUGUAAUUUUCAAUAAGCCAAUAUAUUUGUUUGUUUGUAUUCCCAGUCUCAGAUGAAAAUGAUUGACACCUUUCCUUCUGUUGAAGCCCCUAUACUCCUCAAAAGUAUUCUGCAGUCAUGUGUGUGUGUGUCCGUGUGUGGGUGUGUGCACAUGUGAUGGAUAUACCCACACACAUUCACACACUUUUUAUGAAAAUCCCGUUUCAUCUGGACUAAAACACAUACACAUCUCUUGUAGUGUAAAUAGACCUUUGUAUUUUAUUAUGCAUUUUUUUUUCUUCUUUUGCAUUUGCUUGGCUCUGUGUUUACAAUGUGUACUCAUGUGCUCAGUUGAGUAACUUUAGGGAGAACUACUCACCCUUUUAUUACUGAAAGAAAAGUAUAUUUUUUCACCUUUUCAUUGUAGAAUUUAGUACACGUGUUUUGGGGUGAGUAGUUUAUUUGUGUAUAUCGUAGGCACAUCAGUACUAUAUUGUUCCUUGAAAAAUUUUUGUAAAGAAAACGAAACUUGAAAAAAACAUUAGCCAUGUGUUGUUUUUUUUAUCAUGAAUGUACAAAUUUUUGGCUUGUGUCGCUCCCUCAAAAAGGAUUUUUUUUAUGUUCACACGAAGCUUUCGCAUUUUUUUCUUUUGUAUUUGUCUAAUUUCAUUUUAUUGUUAUUGUUAUUGUUAUACAAGCAGGUGACGCUCGCCAGUGAACUACCCCAAAUUUAGUAAAAAGGAAAUGUAGUUAUGAUUUUUCUUUUUUCUUUUUAUAUUAAUUUGGUUCUUCGCGAAUUUAGUUCUGUAAGAUUUUUUGCCAUGUUUUAAUUAUAAGUCCAAAAAUCCUAUUCGAUUUAAUUUAGUGGAAAUGUUUUUAUGAAGAAAUUUAUUAAUGUACUUUAUUAUUUGAAGUCAUUUAUAUAGCACUGUUUUACAAAUUGAAAUAUACGUACUAUAUAUAAA